GGAGGGUCUACUUUCAAACGAUAAUGUGUUUCAAGAAUCUUAUAAGUGAAUGCAACUAUUUAUUUGAGUUCCAUUCAGUUUCUAUCCGUCUCAUAAUUGAAAUAUGGGGGAUGUUCCGCAGUGUGUAUUGUACGAACAUGCCGUCGGAUAUGUCUUGUUCCGUGUCGCGGAAUUCGAACAUAUCGGAACGAGCGUUCCUCAGGUAGAGGAGUCUAUCGCUGAUGUGCAACGGUUUCGUUCAAUUGUUAAAAUAGAAGCUUUCGAGCCUUUUAAAAAUACUGAAUCUGCAUUGGAAAAUUGCAAUAGCAUAUCAGAAGGUCAACUCCAUCCAGACUUGCUUAAUUUUCUGGAGGCAAAUUUGCCAAGGAAGAAAAAGAGGAUGGUUACACUUGCUGUUGGUGAUUCGAGAUUGGCUAGCGCCAUAAGUGAACAAAUUACUGGCAUAAAAUGUCAGAUUUCUGGAGUUGUGCCAGAACUUAUGCGUGGAAUACGCAUACAUUUUGAACAUCUUGUCAAAGACUUACCUCAUCAUUCGCUUUCAAAGGCCCAGCUUUCACUUGGUCAUGGUUAUUCGCGGAAAAAGGUUAAAUUCGAUGUUCAUCGAGUGGAUAAUAUGGUUAUCCAAUCAAUUGCACUCUUGGAUCAACUUGAUAAGGAUAUAAAUCUCUUCGGGAUGAGGAUUCGGGAAUGGUAUUCAUAUCAUUUUCCCGAGCUUUUCAAAUUGGUUCCUGACCAAUUUAAUUAUAUAAAGUGUGCAUCCACUAUAAUGGAUAGAAAGAAUCUUGAUGAUGAGGUGAUCGGAAAAUUGAACGAAGUUCUGGAAGAUAAUGAUAAAGUGGCGGAAGUAGUGGAAGCUGCACGAACAUCAAUGGGAAUGGAUAUUUCUGACCUUGAUUUAUUUAAUGUUCGUCGUUUCGCGAAACGUGUUGAUGAACUAACAGUUUAUCGUCAGGAACUUCACGCUUAUGUUAAGGAGCGUAUGCAUUCAUGCGCGCCAUCACUUUCGGCAUUAAUUGGAGAACAGGUUGGUGCUCGUCUAAUUUCGCAUGCAGGAAGUUUAACAAAUUUAGCAAAAUAUCCAGCAUCAACUGUGCAGAUACUUGGAGCUGAAAAAGCGCUUUUUCGUGCACUAAAAACUAGGUCUAAUACACCGAAAUAUGGCCUCCUCUUUCAUUCUUCAUAUAUUGGUCGUGCAUCUACCAAAAAUAAAGGUCGCAUAUCACGUUUUCUUGCCAAUAAAUGCACAGUGGCUUCUCGUAUUGACUGUUUCUCAGAGGUACCAGUGGCUACAUAUGGUGAACACUUCAAACAGCAGGUAGAAGAUCGUUUGAAAUUUCUGGAAAGCGGUAUAAUUCCAAAAAAAAAUUUGGAUGUAAUGAAAGAAGCGAUUGAAGAAGCAGCUACUGUAAAAAUAAAGAUUCUGAAAAAAAGGAAGAAAGAGGCGAAAAGGGCCAAAAGAGCAGCUGAGCAACAAGCAAAUGAUAGUUUUGAUACAACCCAAGGGUCGAAACCAGAUGCCGAUGCAAUGGAAUUAGAUGAAGGAAUUGUUAAAGAGAAAGCCAAGAGGCCAAAGUUGGUGUCACAUGAUGAAAGUAUGAAUGGUGAACACAAAAUUCAUAAUGAUGGGGAUAUCACGAACAGUAGACGACACAAGAAGAAAAAGAAAAGAGAAAGUUCAAAUGCAAUGGAUGAGACUAAGCACAUGGAAGAAAACGGCGGAGUGAUGAAUGGAGAAGGCAGUUCAAAGAAGAUGAAGAAGUUAAUGAAGAAAAAUGACUCGGAAAUAACAGAAAGUGGUGAUGAUUUUGCUUGAACAUUCUGAGGGAACAUAUUCAAUUUUAAACGAAUAAGGCGAUCAAAAAAGAAGAAAUGGAAUCAUAUUUGAAUACACUGGUCUCUUCUUGUAUGUGUUGUUAAUUUUUCUUCCUUUCAGUGUUAAUUUUUUUCCGGCUUUGAAGUUGUUUUUCUUAAAUUUUAGAAAUACAGAUGUGUAAAAUUUAUUCUGUAAGGAAUAAUCAAAAUUUAGACUGCUUCUUUGAAAACUGGGGUUCUUUUCCGAAGAUUGAUUUGGUGCACAAGUUGGGUUUUAAUUAAUUUUGAUUUGCUUGAAAUUGAUAUCUGAA